GGGAUGGCUCUGCCUUAUAACGGAGGGCUGCGUGCCGCUACCCUGGACGUCCAUCCGAGGCAGUGCGAAUCAUCACCGAUGCCAAGGCUUCCCCUCUGUGCGCCGUAUCGUCCUUUGCUCAGCACCGAGAGCAGUUUCAGACCGACUUGGAUCGUAAUUUGUCAACAGCCGUGAAAACAUCCUACAACCCCACGGUUCCACGAACGAGGGAGGGGCUGCUGGACUUCAAGGCUCGUCGCGUUGCCGCUUUGCCGGAACCAUGCACAACGCGGCAUCAAGUUUGCCAUGGCCUGAACGUGACGUGGUUCACCAUGAGCCGCCGACUCGCACACGGGAAGAGUGGUUGGUGAUGGAGAUGAGAGGCAAUAAGCGGGGUUGGGUGUGUUUGGCUUUGGGCGACGACUCUCACCAGUCAAAGACGCGACUCACCUCAUCAAUGACGGUGGUGGUGCCAGGCCGCCGUCCCGCUGCGGCAAUCACUCACGACCUCACCUCCUCCGCUCCGCGACCUCGCCCCACCGAAAUACUCGCCUCUGGCAUCGCUCGGCCGCCCGCAUCGCCGUCCACCGCGCCAUGUCUCGCUCGUCCAGACCCCCGCGCUGCGUGGGCAGCCCCUCGUUCCGGCCAGAUGAAGUCGUCGACGACGCCCCACGGCUGCAGCGGGCGCGGGACCUGCUGGCCAAGGAUGACCUGUACGAGGCCAGUCGCGCCCUCCUCGGCCUCCCGGAGCGCGACACCUACACGUACCACGCCACGGCGAGCGUGAAGCUGGCCGAGGUGCAGCAUGUAGUGAGCCUCGGCGGCGUCAACGGUCUGCACGCGUGGUACCGCAACGAGGACGGGUCGCCGAGAGAUCCCCCCUCGCGGGCAGACAUUGACGCCUACGUGGCCAUCUUCGACCCGGCGACGGCGACGGCCUCUGCACUCAAGAACUUCGGCACCAACGCCAGGAAGGGAUCGAUCCGCGCCGAGGCGGCCGCGCACCUGCUCGAGAAGCGCUACGUGCACCCUGCGCUCGCGCCCAGGCUGACCAUCCCCAAGGCCAAGUCGCCGCCGAGCCCGAACCCGUACUACGACUUCUGGGCGUGGUCGUGCCGCAACCUCGAGUGGUGCGGGCCCUGCGCGUCGUCGGAGCGCGUGGCCACGAGCCACCACGUCCUGCCCGUCCUGAUGCACCACUUUGGCUGCGCCACGCCCUCGCACGAGGCGCUCGAGGUGCUCCGGCUCUUGGCUGCGGGGCGGGCCGUGGCCGACGUCGGCUCCGGCAACGGCUACUGGACGUUUCUCCUCCGCCGCUACGGCCUGACGGUGCACCCCGUGGACAACAUGCAGAGCGAGUGGCGCGUCAACUGGGUCGACGACACGACGCUCACCGACGGCGUGAAGUGGCUCGGCAAGCACGCCGGCGGCAGGGACGUGGUGCUGCUGCUGGUGUACCCCGUCGUCGGCGGGGACGGCCGCGGCGCCUUCACGCGGGACCUGCUCCGGGCGUACCGGGGCGAUACGCUGGCCGUCGUGGGCACGCAGAACGGCAACGGGUAUACGGGCUUCAGGGACGGGACCAUGGACGAGUACAUGAGGCGGGAGCAGCCCGAGUGGACGCGUGUGGUGCAGAUUCCGCUGCCGAGCUUCGCGGGCAAGGACGAGGCGCUGUACGUAUUCCAGCGAGGCGAGCGGGCGCCGCAGACGACGACGACGACGACGACGACACCGCCGCCACCGCCGUGAUUCCUCAUGCAAAAUGUUGCACGGCAUUGGGCCAUUGGUCGUUGAGUUGGGGGGUCGGCGUGAGGGGCGUGAUGCGGUCAUGUCGCCGCGCCGUGCCGCGCCGUGCCGUGCGUGGGUGGACCGAUCCAUAUGGCGAUGCAUCAUCAUGCCCAGACGCUGCAUGCACUCACUGUAAAUGCCCGUCACUCUCAUCGGGACUCACCACGUCGCCGCGAGUGACUGGAGCCACGCGACCGCCCACCGAC